AACUAGAAUACGUUUAUACAUUAUAUUAUAAGGCGGAAACUUAUACGCAUUCCCCGAUUCUGAACUUGUAAUUAUGCCAGAAAUUGUAAUAAUCAGAAGGGAAGAAAUGAUAAGAUGAAAUAUGUGUUUUCUGUACUCUACAUAACGAUUAUAUUGUUUGGCGUGUGUGAUUCGGACUACGAGUUCGAUUUGAAAACUCUAGAGAAACCGAAUGAUUUAAUAAGUAACUUACAACUGGCUGCCGACCUAAAGACGGAAGUGCAAGACAGUCUGAUGAAACUUAACAGUAAUUCAGAACCUGAGGACGAUAGUAAGGUAUUUUACGAGAACAAAGCCAAUGUUAAGAAAUAUAUAAAGCACGGAUCUCAUUCGCAUCCACACCAGGAUAGUAUUGUAGUUAAACUGAGUUGUCCGAAUGUAGUGGAAUGUGCACCCAAAAUAAAGAAUUUUGUUGGCUCAAAUUUAUUUUCCAGUCAACCGAAGAAUUGUUUCACGAGCGAAGAUGUUGCUUUAUUAACAGUGCGGAAAGACUUCGAGUUGCUGAUACCGAAAUCAUUACCACAAUGUCUACUCAGUGACGAAAUGGUAGGAGUGUUAAUGCAUUAUUUUUGUGUUGGUAAUCAAGUGAUACAGCAAAUGCCGGCUGAUAUAUCAAAGCAUCUUUCAGAGAGAGCAUUUUAUGAUGUGCUCGGCGGCUACUUAAAGUGGUACAUGCUGCCAGUGGUAAAAAUAUCCUUCUAUGCUGGUCAAGUAAACCUAAACACAAUCGAAAAUGUUAUUGCGCUAUUUGAACAAUGCAAAAAUUUUCUCAACACCAAUGGCAAUGGUUGGAAACAGCCAAUGGCGGACAUACUCAACGAAUUACACAAUGUACGUAUAGAACCACUCAACAUAGAAGCUCAAGAUGAAGGAGAUUGCAAAGAUGAGCCAUCUGCUUGUGUUAAUUUAGAUUUAUCAUCUUGCAAUAGCGACGCCGAAGGCGAAGAGAUAAUAGUAUCGCUACCGAAGCUAGAGCCUGAUGAAUCUGAUGGAAGUUUGGGUAAUAUUUGGUUACCAUUUAAGAGAAAACGCACAUUUAGUUUGAAGUCGUCUAAGUCCGCUUACAUACUUGUCAAAUUUUAUGAAACUGUUACGCACUGUUACCAGUUUCAAUCUCUCUGCCAAGACAACUACAAUCAUAAAUUUAAGGAGUGGAUUUUAGAGAAUAUUCAGUCCCAUCUUUCCGAUGAAAAUUUCUAUCCAGGACUUGGUGCCAUACUAAGAGUAUAUGAGAAUUUAAAGCGUGGCAAAAAGAGUACGAGCUCCAGUAAGAAGCAUGGAAACAAUAAAAACUAUCGCGAUCAUUCACUUACUUUUAAGGAAGCUGGAGAAGAAGAAUCAACGGAAUCUAAUGAAGAAUUAGAACUAAGUAAAAAAUUGAGAGAAUUCGACGAAGAAACAAAAGCAGAAGCAGAGGCAAGUGAAACUGCCGAUACAUCAAAACCAAAACCAAAGUGCAAACCAAAAUGUAAGCCCAAACCUAAAUGUAAACCUACAAAUAAAACUCUUGCACAUAAAAUUCAAUUUAAUAAUCUUCGUACCUCAGUUAUGGAUUGGUUGAGACAAAAGCAUGCACUUAAGUACUUGUGCUACUUUGUUGCAUUUUUACUUUUUAUAUUCCUCUUGAUAAUACUCUGCGCUCUUCUCUCGAAGUAUAGAAGAAACAAAGGACAUAUCAGAAUAUUACCUCUAUCACCACGUCGGAAGCGUGAUUCUUCACCUACAAAACCUAAACGCAGAACCAAACUCUGUGACAAAAUAAGAAAGUUUAAGCAAAAAAAAUGUAAAGACGAAGAAAUUGCGAUAAAACCGGAGUCUAAAGCAGUUAUUGCAACUAAACCAUACAGCGAUGCGUCCUCGACAUCAUCAAUAUUAGCCUGCUAUCCAAACACAAAAUGCAUACCUAUAUCGAAAAGAAGUGGAAAGUCAUCAGUGAAAUCGAAACCAUCUAUCCUUUCAACGACAUUGUUUGGUUCCUCUUCAGAACCGGAAAAGAAGAAACCCAAACCAAAAGUAGUUAAAAUUAAUGAAAAACGAAAAAAAUCACCUUGUAGGAGUCCUUGUAGAAAAUUAUGCAAGAAGGGUAAAACAGAUCAAAAGCGGGUCAAAGCUGGUAGUGCCUCAAGUAGUAAGACCGGUUCUGCCUCAGAAUCAAAAGCAAAAGAAUUGAGUAUCGAAUGCGAGAAAAGUAGUUGGGAAACCCUUUAUGAUACAAAAUGAUAAAAUAAUUGAUUUUCUAUUAUUUGAAUGUUUUAAUUUUUUUUAGGUGAACAUUU